AUGCCUCAGAGAGAUGUCAUCUCAUGGACUGCCAUGAUUGGAGGAUAUGUUCAAAAUGGGUUUGUUGAAAAGGCUUUACAAACUUUCAAGCAAAUGCGAUUUGCAGGUGUAAAGCCAGACUUCUUAACCUUUCCUAGUAUGUUUGACAACCUACCUCAAACAGAUGUGAUCGCAUGGACUGCGAUGUUUUCAGGAUAUGCAGAAAAUGGAUUUUACAAAGAUGCGCUCAAAUUCUUUGAAUCAAUGAAACACUCUGGAACACUUCCUAACGCUGUGAGCUUUGCCUCUGUUUUAUUAAUUUGCAGCAAUGCAGGUUUAGUCGAUGAGGGCCUUACAUACUUCAACCACAUGAAUAACCAUUACGGCAUUACACCUACAGUUAAUCAUUAUGUGUGCAUGGUCGACCUUAUUCCCCGUGCUGGCUAUCUCGAAGAAACCCUAAAUUUUAUCAUUAAGAUGCCAGUUAAACCUGUGGUGCUUGUGUGGACGUGUUUUCUAGGUGCCUGUAGAUCACAUAUGAAUAUAGGCUUAGGAGUAUAUACAGCGACUCUGCUUUUCGAUCUGGAUCCUAAAAAAUCUCUGCCUUCUGUUCUUCUCUCUAAGAUCUACGCAGAAGUGGGCUGGUGGGAUGAGUGUCAAAUGGUGAGGAGAUUGAUGAAAGAUAGAGGAAUUAAAAAGAUCCCUGGAUGUAGUUGGAUUGAAGCCCAUAAAACUAUACAUACUUUUUUCGCAGGAGACAGAGUACAUCCAGACACAUUAAAUUUAUGCAAAGUUGGAGAAACUGGUUCUGGAGAUGAAGGCAGCAGGAUAUUUUCCAGAUUUAAGACAGUCACUUGA